AUGGACAAUCAAACACCAACCGCUCGGGCCAUAGCAGCUGCCACAACAUCCUGUCUCACCUUUUUGGGAUAUGCAUUUGAGUCUUUCAUGCUCCACCGCCAGACACCUGACCAGAGGGGCUACAUGGGGAGCAAACCAGGCCUGCUCAAGACGGUCCAAGUGUGGGGAGGAUGCCAGAUGAUUCCCCUCAUUGUGGAGGCCAUCCAUGACAUGCCCAGUGAAAUACACGGCUGGCAGCUAUGUGAGAGCCAGGCUGGGUUGAAUGGCACUGAGGACACAAGACGUCAUCUGACUGCGAUGACUGGACGGGCCCCUAGCCAUGCAGAGAGCACUCAAUCCCCCACAAGCAAACUGCCGCAUGUUGAAGUCCCCAAGCUCCAGGUGCUCCGCCCGCCGUCCAAAGAGUCCGUCACAAUCCACUUCUCUGCCCAGAGGAAGGAUGAAGAGGAGGACGACGGGGAAAUCUACAUGACAAAUACGUCUGCUACCUCAGCCCCUCAGGACGACUCAAAUAUUAUGACGGGUUUAGAAGCGAGUGAGGAUAUGUUCGAAGAUGCCUUGCAGGAUCUUACAGCAGGGGGCACUGUCAUUCCUGAAACAACUGGACCUAAAGAAGUAUUGUGCGCAGGAAAAAGCAGCAAUUCCUCUCCCUCGAAAUCCCUAAGCUUUCCCUCCAGUGACAAACCAUUCCUGAGUCUCGUAAAGUCUUUGUCUUCUGACGUUGAAUCUAAAGAUGGAUCCUCUUCCUCUUCAAUCAGACACAGACACUUGAAAAACUUCGUCAAGUCCUUCUCAUCUGACACGUCCCAAGACCAACCUUCGUCUUCCACCUCUCGACCUCUGGAAUCUCGCCUCAAUCUUCAGAUGUUUAAACAGUUCACUCAGUCGCGGUUACCCAUCUCGUCACUCUCCUCGGGAAGUGACUCCAAAACAGCUCCCACGUCCCCCAUGAACUCAUUGGAAAAUCGCAGCUUCUUCAAAGUUGCGGAAGUGGAAGCGAGGAUUGAGGACACUAAAAGACGCCUUUCAGAGGUUAUAGCUGAACCCCUACAGCUUUUGACUAAAAUGAUGGAUGAGAAGAGUGUUAGCCUAGCACAGAGCAUUCCGCAUUACACUUUAGUUUUUCUCACGCUGCUCGUGUAUGGGUACUUUAUAUUGCCUCUGCCCACGUAUGUUGGGGGAAUGCUACUUGGGAUCGGACUGGGUUUUCUUUUGGCCAUUGGAGUGGUCUGGCUCACAGGGCCAAAGUCGUCCAAUGGCUGUAGAUAUGUUAAGCUACGGAAGUUGGACAUUAAAGAACCGGAAAUUCACAAAGGCUGGAUGAAUGACAUCUCAAACUAUGAUCCAGAGACGUACCACGCCACCCUGACUCAGUCGGUGUACGUCCGUUUGGAGGGAUCCACCAUUCGCCUUUCCAAACCCAACCACAACAUCCCCAGGAGAGCUGCGCACAAUGACACUAAACCUGACGUCACCUUCAUCAGCCAGAAAAUCUACGACCUCACUUAUAGCAGAGUGCAUCUCGUGCCUGAAGGCCUGGCCAGGAAGAGAAUUUGGAACAAAAAAUACCCCAUCUGUAUUGAACUGGGAAGGCAGGAUGACUUCAUGUCCAGGACUGAAGACGACAAUUGGGAGUCCAGUGAGGGAUCGCCCACAAGUGACAGAGCAGCGAUUGGGUCCAUGUAUCAAAACGUGACGCUGCAUCUGUUUGGAAGAACGGGGCGAGAGAAGGAGGAGUGGUUCCAGCGCUUUCUACAGGCCUCCAAACACAAAGUCCACCUGAAGAAGUCUGCCAGCGCGACAGUCUUUAAAACGGGCGGAGGUCACAGUCGCAGUGGCAGCCGCAGCAGUCUGGAUGAGGCUCUGUUGACUCAGUCCAGGCCAAAAGACUCAUCCACACCGACAGCAGGCAGUGCCAAAGUCUCCCCUCUGCUGGACUACAGUGUGUACAUGGCAAACCUCCUGCCAAACCAAGAGGCCCUCAGCUCCACCUCCACCUGCUCCUCCCUGCAGAGCCCCAUGAGCAGCCCAGGGGCAGACAAGAAGCUCCCAGGCUCCUGCCCCUCCCCUCCGGAACACGCCGCGGGGGCCGAGGACAACACGCUCUCCUGGCUCAACGCUGCUCUUGGGCGCAUCUUCUGGGACUUCUUAAGAGAACCCUACUGGACUGACAUUGUCUCCAAGAAGAUCCAGAUGAAGCUCAGUAAAAUACGAUUGCCUUACUUCAUGAAUGAGCUCACCCUGAGAGAACUGGACAUGGGUUCAUCCACUCCCAGAAUCCUCAGCGGCUCCAAACCCUACGUGGAUUACAAAGGUCUGUGGUUUGAUCUGGAUGUCGCCUACAGUGGCUCGUUUCUGAUGACCCUGGAAACCAAGAUGAAUCUGAUUCGUUUGGGGAAAGAAGAAGAGAGCCUGCGCUUCGGGGAGCCAGGCAAAGAAGGAUACAGACCUCGGACUUACUGUUUAGCUGACAGCGAUGAAGAAUCCUCCAGUGCUGGUUCAUCUGAUGAAGAGGACACCUCUGAACUGUCAAACGACUCUGCGGGAGCCGAUGGCCUGGUGGGAGGACAUAGACCAAGUAAAAUUAUGCGAUUCGUGGAUAAGAUUGCCAAGUCAAAAUAUUUCCAGAAAGCAACAGAGACGGAGUUUAUUAAAAAGAAGAUGGAGGAGGUUUCUAACACCCCACUCCUGCUGACGGUGGAAUUACAGGAAGUCAGAGGAAGACUGGUGGUGAAUAUCCCCCCUCCGCCCACAGACAGGAUAUGGUAUGGAUUCAGAACACCACCUCGGAUCGAACUGAAAGCUCGGCCAAAGCUGGGCGAGAGAGUAGUGACUCUGGCUCAUGUGACGGACUGGAUAGAGAAAAAACUGGACCAAGAGUUCCAAAAAAUCUUUGUAAUGCCAAAUAUGGAUGACAUAUGGCUGUCUGUCAUGCACUCUGUCAUGGACCAGCGCACUGCAGGAGCGGGGCCAGCGGAUGACCUUGCGACUUCGGACCCGGGCAGUGACAGUUAG